AUGUUUGAGGCAAGACUCCCACAAGGUCGCAUUUUCAAGCUCAUUGUUGAGGCAAUGAAAGAUUUAAUUUCCGAAGGGAAUAUUGACUGCACUAAGUCAGGCCUCGCACUUCAGUCCAUGGAUGGGUCACAUGUAUCACUAGUGUCGCUAUUACUACGUGCUGAAGGGUUUGAACAUUAUCGUUGUGAUCGCAAUAUCUCGUUAGGUGUACAAACAGCAUCACUAUCUAAGAUCCUGAAAUGUUCUGGUAACGACGAUGCUUUGUCACUCUCUGCUGAAGAUAAUGGUGAUGCUCUUAAUAUUAUGUUUGAAGCAACUUCUGGUGAUCGUGUUUCAGACUUUUCACUCAAGUUAAUGGACAUUGAUAGUGAACAUUUGGGCAUCCCUGGUACUGAAUACGUGGCAACUGUACGCAUGCCUGCUGGCGAAUUUCAACGUAUCUGUCGGGACUUACAAACGAUGGGUGAUACUUGUACAAUUGCUGUUGGUAAAGAAGGCGUGAAGUUUUCUGUCUCGGGUGACUUGGGUGCUGGAAACAUUACUUUAAAAAAUAAUACGGCGGCUGAAAAAGAAAGUGAUCGUGUGAUUAUUACAAUGGAAGAACCAGUUGAGCUUACAUUUGCUCUUCGAUAUUUGAAUAUGUUUGCCAAAGCUACGCCAUUGUCGGAGACUGUUACGUUAAGCAUGUCACCUGGUAUUCCUGUCGUCGUGGAGUAUGCAAUUGGUGACAUGGGAUAUAUGCGCUUUUAUCUGGCACCAAAGGUUGAGGAAGAUGACUAA